AGGUAAAAUUAUUAACAAGAUAAUCGACCUCUGUUGGAGUAGCGUUCAGAUAGCUGCUCUGCUCUAUGUUGGUACAGGGCAUUGAAGAUGAUAACAGUGGGUGGAUUAUAUUCUUAAACUUACAUCUUACCUAAAGUUUUAGUUUCACCUUUGAAACCUCUGUGCUGUGAAUAGUUUCAUUUCACUGAAACCCACUGUGGUGAGCAAGAGUUUCAUUUCACUGGAAAACACUGUGUUGGAGAGAGCCAGAGACAAAGAACGACAGAGGGUGACUGGCACGCCUCAGUACGAACAUACCUGCUGUAGAAGAAAACAUUACAAGGAACAACAGACAGGUUUUGUGGUUUUUCCUGUUCCUAUUUUCCCUACAGCAAGAUGGGUUUAACCACAACUGAAGACUCCUUCUCCCCAGUGAUCCGUGACUUGAGGAUUGUUCUGCUGGGGAAAACUGGCUCAGGAAAGAGUGCAACAGGGAAUACUAUCCUGGGUUACACAGCUUUUGACACAGGAAUAUCUCCAUCUUCUGUAACAAACAUAUGUAAGAAAGAGACUGGACAUUUUGAUGAAAGAACUGUGAGUGUUGUUGACACCCCUGGAAUCUUUGACACAUCAAUUAAAGAAGAGGAACUGAAAAAGGAAAUAGAAAAAUGUAUAAUGCUGUCUGUUCCAGGACCCCAUAUGUUUCUGCUAGUGAUCAGAUUGGAUAUGCGCUUCACAAAAGAAGAGAAGAGUUCUGUUAAAUGGAUCAAAGAAAACUUUGGGGAUGAAGCCUCAAAGUAUACAGCAGUGCUUUUCACAAGGGGUGAUCAGCUCAAAGAAACAUCCAUUGAAAACUACUUAGAGCAAAGUCCUGAUCUGAAGGAGCUCAUCGCUGAGUGUAAAGCUGGGUAUGUUGUAUUUGACAACACAUGCAAGAAAAAUCGCACUCAGGUAGCUGAUCUGUUUGAAAAGAUAGACCAGACAGUGCAAUUAAACGGGAACCAUUACACCGGCAGCAAAUACGAAGAGGCCCAGAAACAGAUGAAUUGGAACAAAUGGUGGCGCAAAUGUGGAGACACAUUGAACUCUGCAGGUAAUUAUUUGCUUGUGGCAGGAGCGGCAGGAGCGGCAGCUGCUGCUCCUGCAGUUGGUGCUGCUGUAAUGGCAGAGGAAGCAGCAGUCGCAUCCGUCCGGCCUCUAUUAAUGUUUGUAGGAGCAGGGAUUGUUAAAGGCAUUGGGGGCUGGAUCAGACCUAAAACAGAGAACAGCUAAGUAAUACCAAGCCAUGACCUUUAUGAAGUCUCUUUAUGAAGAAGAGGCUUUUUGUAUACAAGGACAAAUUCAUGCUUGAUAUUAUACCUGUUGUUUUAAACUUCAUCAGGUUUAGUGUACGGUUUAUUUCAUUAUGCUUUAUUUAUCAUGCAAUAGUUUGUUUCCAUAGAUAAUCAAAAAAAAAAGAGAAUAUUUAUUAAAAACAUAUAGUUAUGUAGAGGUGAAGCGAAAAGAAAAUGAUUCAACAUCACUUAAUAAUAUUUUAAUCUGCAUUGUCACUACUCUCUCAUCUUUGUAUUGUAUUACUACAUUUACAGCACUUUUUAAGCAAUAUUACUUUUUCUAUUUCUUUUUUCAAUUUUUCUUUUCUUGUUGAAGGGUACGACUUAUUCAAAUCAUCUGUUCUGUAAUGAUAGUCAAGCUGGACUAUGUACCUGAAGUUAUCUGAUACUUACGGUUCAUUAUAGAUAUUUACUGUAAAUCAGGAUUGGGUUUUUUGUUUUUAAAUUUAAUGUAUGAUCUGAUUUACAGUUUUAUAUUUAAUUUGACUAUAAAAGGGCAUUUGAAAGUACAUCUUCCACUAAAAUCAUUGCCUUUUCUUGUGCUAAUGCCUGCUUUCAUUGUUUUAAAUAAAGUCAUCCACUCUGUACCAGAA